CCGCUCGCGUCACGACCUCUGGCGUCUCGCGCGGGCAAAGAGGAACGGCGACGAAAUCCGGAUCGCGGUCCACGAUCCAUGGAUUUCGAGGCGGCCGCAGUAGCGGCGGACGCGCGCUAGUGUCGGCAUCGGUGCUGCUCGUCCCUUUCCAUAUCCGUCAUCUACCACCUCCUCGUUACGUUUCACGGGCCCUCGCGGUGGAACAGGCCAGCCUAGAAGAGAAGAACCGGUUCCUGUCGGCUGGUGGAAAGCGGCACGAGGCGGCCGCGAGCUUUAACCCGGCGCACACCGGAAUCUCUCCUAUCGUCUGCGGUGGAUACGCUACCCUGAGCAUGAGCACCUCGACUUUCGUGGGGAAUUCGGACAGCAGUAACGUCCUAUCGACAGGACUUUAUCCUCCGCCUCCUCCACCGCCACCACCGCCUCCGGUACCUAACCAGGUGCCGGCCAUGAGAAUCAACACGGCAGAGGCGCCAACAACGAGAAAACCGUUGAUACCAAGCAACGAUGCAUACGAGCCACCAGCAGCAAUUCAAAACGCGAUGCUGACUAAAGACAAGAAGCCCUUCACGUACACGCCUGGAAUGGGCGGGAAACUGGACCUUUCCCAAAUUCGAAGCCCUCGAAUGGCGCGCAGGGUAGCAAAAAACGCCAAUGAUGAGGGAAUCGAAGGUCCUCCGAAGUCAGCACUUGAAUCGAAGCCGACACCAGCGCCCAAUACAACGAAUUUAUUCAUUCAACCUCAAGUAGCGAUACCUGUCUUCCCGACCAAUAUUCCGGCUCAACCCUCGGUCAACAGGACACCUUCCACACCACCUGCUAACAGGAUUCAACCUAGUACUCCAGAAAAGCAACCAGAGUCGCCGAAAGCCAAAGUAGAGACCAAAGUAAUCCCCACAAUCGCAGUUCAGCCGAAUACUCCUGAGAGUCCAAGCACUCCAACCCAAGUGACUUUGACAAAGGCACCAACACCGUGGCUCCAGAACAAGAAUAAACCACAAGAAGAAUUACCUGAAUGGGCAAAACGAUCUAGCGUGAAUAAACAAAGCUCAGUUGAGAGUCCAACAUCACCUCCAGUUUCCUCAUCUUUGAUUCAACAACCUCAAUCACCUCAAUGGCAACAAACUCAGCAGAGGCAGCAACCAGUUCAACAAAGGCCUCAAUCUCUGCCACAAAUUCAACAAAGACCGGUCCAGAUUCAGCAACAAUCUCAACAAUACCAGUACCAACAACCUCAGGGUCAACAAUUCAAUCAGCAACAGAAACGUCCUUUCUCUGGUCCUCCUGUAACACAACAGACUAAUCCUCAGACUCAGCAUCAAGAACGUGUGAUACCUAUUCGAAUUGAAGAUAGGCCGUCUGUUUUCGACGUGAAACCGGAACCUGGCCAUCAUCAGUUCAAGCAACCGAGUCCGCACCAACAGAGAUGGGGUCAGCCAACUGUUCAGAAUCAGAGUCAAGUACGGAAUCAGAUGCAGAAUCAGAUGCAGAAUCAGAUGCAGAAUCAAGUGCAGAAUCAAGUGCAGAAUCAGAUGCAGUCUCAAUCGACAGGUGGCGCGUACAUUAUACCUAUCAUGAUUGAAGGAAAUGAUAAGAAGACUGGUGCAGCAAUUACUUCGAAUUCUUACUCGCAACCGAUUGUCAGGAAUAAUAUGCCUAAUGCUGAGAAUCAGAAUACGAGAGUAGCGACCCAACGUAUUAUACCUGUACAAGCCCAACAGUCGGAUUCCGUUCCGGUUCAGUCUCGAUCCUUUAGAGUUCUUCAGAAGAUCACAGAUACGGACACGGCAAACGAUGUGGACACUGAACAGAUGCGAAAACUUCAAUUAUCGGAGGAUGAUAGGAUUUUGAUGAAUAAAUUCAAGGAACAAAUCGACAACGAAUCUUCUCUCCAUCACGAGGAAGAUCCGAGAUAUCGUGGUGGGGCCAUACCCUCUCGAGCCUUCCGCUUCUUGCAGACUAUGACGGAAUCUGGCGAUGCUCCUGUUGUGAACACGACGCAACGACCACCGUCAGCUAUUAAUAAGAAGCAGAACAGGAAUUCGAAGACUUUUGAAGAAAUGCAAGCAAAUCUACCACCAAGUGAACAGCAAGUUCCAGAGCCAAAGAAAUACAUGGGCAGUGCAAUUCCCUCCAGAUCUUUCAGGAUAUUACAAGCGAUGACAGCGCCGGAAAGUGUCGCCACGCAAGAAAAUCGUCAAGCAGAUUACCACUGCCAAACAGAGAAUAACGUGCCGGGCAAUCAGCAGGGUGUCUUCCUCUCUCCUAGUCCGCCAUUUUGGACCCACGACAGCGGUUGGUGGGGUUAUUAUCCUCUUCUUUAUCCUGGGAUUUCAAAUGAACCUUAUCCAUAUCAUCCUGAUAAUACAGCCUAUAUAUAUUUUCCCAUUUACAAUCAAAACUGUCCAUCUUACCCUCAAUUUGAUUCAACCAAUUGUAAAAAUUCUUAUUCUAAUGUUUAUCCACCUUACAUGGUUCCUGUUUCUUUACAAAAUUGUAAUAAUUUUAAUCACAGUUGUGAACAAGCCAAUAAUGACAUGGAUGUAUCUAAAAUUCCUCCUAUGAAUAUUCUGGAUAUUCUAGAAAAUAUUCAAGAGAAUAAUGAAUUGGAAAAUAAAGUUUUAAAAGAAAAUAAUGAUGCAAAUUGUCAAGAACAAUGGGAAAAAGGAAAUGAUAUGGCCAGAACUGCUAGUAAUAAUAGCAGAGAUAGUGACUGUACUACUGCAAUGAAUAUCACUGAUGAAGAAGAAUUUCCUGAUGAAAUAAUUGCAUCAGAGGAAAAUAAGAAUGAUCAGCAGUCUGAAAAAUCAGAAAUUAAAUCUUGUCCCAAUGGAAGUCUCAAUGUAAAUGUUCCAAAUUAUACUUACAUUGAUACUAGUGAUUCUAGUGAUUCUAGUGAUUCUACUGAUUCUAAUAAUUCUACAGAUUCUGAAUCACAAUCUGACAAUGAAUCCAUUAUUGAAUCAUCUAAAAGUGACAAUAAUUCUGAGGAUUCUUCUUCUGAUAGUGAUGAUUCUGAUUCUUAUUUGGCCUAUUCCACUGGGUUGAAUCCUCAUGGAAGAUUGGAUAAAAAUGACAAUGAGAGAAAUUCAAUGAGAGAUUAUUCCAAUAAAGAAUAUUGUAAUGAAGAUCAAGAAGCAUCUUUCAAAAACAAUAUUGAUUUUGAAUCAGAUAUGGAAGAACAAAUGGAAAAGAAAGAAAAAAAAACAGAUAUCAAUACAUUUCCUCAUAAAUUAAGUGUAAUUUAUGAAGAUAUUGAACGUCCAGACUCUGAAAGUCCUAGACCACAAAUUAAAAAUGUUAAAGAUUGGAAUAAGACACCUUUUGAAGCUACUGAUGAUCCUCCUGAUGACUCUGAUGCACCUACUGUCAGUGUGAGUUUGCCACUGAGGUUCAAAUUUUCUGUAUCUGAAAAUAAUGAGGAUGUGACUACUGUAAUUGUUGGAGAUAGUACUAUUAAGCCUGAUAGAGAUUAUAAUAAUAGAGAUUAUAAUAAAGAAGAAAAAGAAAAAAAGAAGAAAUUAGAAAUUCAAGAAAAUAAUAAUCAUUUAGAGAAGAUCAAUGAUGUAUCUGCGAAUUUUCUGAUAAAAAAUAAUACCAGUGUAAAUUUCACUGUUAAGAAAGAGGUUAAGAAAGAAAGUUUCGAUGACAAGCGAAAGGAAAAGAAUCAUUCUAGAAUAAAAGAAGAUGAAGAUCCUGUUGUACCUCAUGUGAACUUUACUUUAAGAAAAAUUCCAACUAGAUUUAAUAAAAUUAAUUUCGAAGAGACAGUAGAAACGGAGUUCACAAUCAAAAGAAAGUCUAGUGUGAAGAAAGAGGAAGAUAAAACGAUCAAGGCUCAAGAAGAACACUUAAACAGUACCAACGUGAAAAAUAAUGAUUCAGUUGGUAAAGAAUCUUUGAACAAAGAGAAUAACACUGUUUAUAUUACAAGAAUAAAAGAAACCAAUUUAGAAACUCACGAUAUUAAUAGAAAUAUUUUAAAACCGGAAGUGAUCGUUUCAGAGUGCAAGUGGACAGACGACUCAAAUAAAGAAUAUUCUAAUAAAUUCCAAAAUACAAAUUCUAACCUAAAAGAUGAAAUAUCUUUAAAAAACAAUAAUUCUUUAAAGAAGAAUAAAAUCGAAGAAAAUAUCGACGAGAAGGCAGGAAAAGAAUCAAAACAUCUAUUAAAUGUACAGAAUUCUCGGGAAGAAACAGACGACGAAGAUAGUGGCGUCACUUCAGACAUGAGUCGUAUGAUUUCAGAAGUAGACACAGAUUCAGAAUGUACUUUCUCUAAAAAUAGAAAAUAUCAAAGAACUCAAACUCACUCGAGAUUGUUCAGACUUUUGAACGAUGAUUCGAUUCUUCCAGAAGAUACAGAAAAAAUUAACCAAUCUUCAUCAAGAGAAUACUUGAGUCUUCCUCUGAAGAGCAACAAUUUUAAUUACGACGAAAAUUACUGUUCCAAUUAUUCUAGUGGUGUGACUUCUCCCGAAUAUUCACCCAUCAGUGAACAAUCAUGGAAAAGACUGCAUGAUGCGGAUCAAAAUGGUGAUGUGUAUCGUCGACAAGAUCGAACUUCCUGCAAGGAGGACCCAUAUUAUCAAGCAUGGAAAAUGCCUAAAUCUUCAACUCCUGUAUUGGACCAUGAUGUGGUACCAUCAUUAGCCUUCAAGGUCCAGAUGCAACGGAUUACUGAGCAAGGACGAGUGCUUCCUUUGGAAACAUGGCAUUGCUAGUGUGUUUUUCUUUUUUUUUUUUUAUUUUUUAUUUUGUUUACGAUUCGUAACGAUUCGUUUACACGACGACCAUCGAUACCGUAGGAUAUUUUCCUGAACUUUCAUAUUUUCCUAUGUCGCCCAUAUAAGGUUUCGUCUUGCCCCCAUUCACUAUCUUCUUUGUUUUAUUUCUUCCUUUUUAUUCCUAAUCCCAUAUGUGUGCACAUUGUUAGGGGAUAAAGAUUCUUAGGAAGAUCGAUCGAUCAUUCAAACGAUUGAUUAAUAAUGUUUAUUAACUAUAUUAAAAAUCACAUGACCAAUUUUUAACUUUUAAAGAUUGAGAAGAGUUGAAAAAAUAAAUGGUCAUAAUUUCGAUUUUCAUUGUAUGCCAUUUUCAUUCGAGAGGAAAUUUUAUCUAAUUAAGACGCGAAAUGUAUUUUUAUGGAUUCAUGUUACCUUCUAAUCUGUCAUUGUGCUAUAUUUAUGUAAGUUGUGUAAAAUAAAUUAUUUGUAAAGUUCAUUUUAAU